AUGACAACAUCCGAGAAUGUUAAAGUAUGUGUUCGUUGUCGCCCUUUAAGUGAAGUAGAGGAGCAAACUAAUUGCUCGGUUGUUGUGGAGGUUAAUGAAGAAACUGCUACUGUUUCGUUGAAGCAUCCCACCAGAAGAGAAGAUGAACCACCAAAAUCAUUUGUAUUCGAUUACACUUUCGGAUUUGAGAGCAAACAGCUUGACAUUUACAAUAAAGUUGCUAGACCGGUUGUGGAGCAAAUUUUUGGGGGCUACAAUGGAACUAUUCUUGCUUAUGGUCAGACUGGAACUGGCAAAACCUUUACUAUGGAUGGGAUGCGUGCAGCCGCAGAGUUGAGAGGGAUAAUACCAAACUCAUUUGCACAUAUUUUUGGUCACAUCGCAAAGGCGGAUUCCAAGACCACAUUUCUCGUUCACAUAUCAUAUCUUGAAGUCUACAAUGAGGAGGUAACUUCAAUUUUGCAAAAGCAUUUUCACCUAAAAGAUCAGGGAUUUCUAGAAGUAAAGGAACGACCAGAUUGUGGGGUUUAUGUAAGAGAUCUGUCAAGCGUAAUGGUUCACUCUCCCAAUGAAAUGGAAAGGCUUAUGAAUUUAGGAAGCCGUAAUCGUUGCACUGCGGCCACUAAUAUGAACGAACAUAGUUCGCGUUCCCAUGCAAUUUUCUCUAUAACCGUUGAGUGCUCCGAACUCCUUGGGGACGAAAAGCGGAUUCUUCGACAGGGAAAAUUGCAUCUCGUUGAUUUGGCGGGUUCUGAAAGGCAAUCCAAAACCGGAGCUGAGGGACAACGUUUGUAUGAAUCAAAUAAGAUUAAUCUCUCCCUUGCAACACUUGGAAAUGUUAUCUCAGCACUUGCGGAUGGUAAAUCCACCCAUGUUCCGUACAGAAACUCGAAACUCACCAGGCUUUUGCAAGAUUCUCUAGGUGGAAAUUCCAAAACCGUAAUGAUCGCUAAUAUCGGGCCCACCGACUACAAUUACGACGAGUCAAUAAGCACGCUACGCUAUGCCAGUCGAGCAAAGUUGAUAAAAAAUGCCGCCCGAGUUAACGAAGACCCCAAAGACGCUCUGAUUCGACAGUUCCAAAAGGAGAUCGCAGAACUUCGUGCACAACUUAGUGAUGACAUUGCUUGCACCGAAAUGGGUGCCGCAGAGCUUCAGAAUGAAAUGCCCAAGGGAGGUGGAGGUUUGAAAAAGAAAAAAGGUGAGAAUAAAUUGAGUCAGGAACAAAUAUGUGAAAUUGAAAGUAUGAUUAAUGCUGACCGACGAAAACUGGAAGAACAGAAGGAUAUGGAAGUUGAACAAAGGAAUGAAAUCAAGAAACGCCUGGGUGAGAAGGAGGAGGAGUUAGCAUGUGCACGGCGGGCGCAGGUGGAGGUGCGGACACGCAUGGAGGCGCUGGAGCGGCGCCUAAUAGUCGGUGGACAGAAUCUCCUUGAGAAGGCGGAGGCUCAGGCACGGCUGCUGGAGCGCUCAGCGGAGGAGAUGCGGGCUCAAGAGGAGAGGACUCAGGGCUUACGGAAGAAGCUGAAAGAGAAGAAAGAGGAGCGCUUUAACAUUGAAGAGAAAUACAACUCACUGCAGGAGGAGGCUACUGGAAAGCGCAGAAAACUCCAAAAACUUACAACACUUUACAUGCAAGCAAAAGCCGAAUUGGAAGACUUACGAUCUGCAAAUACGCGCGAGAUGGAUGAUCUGUUGGAAAACAUUCGUCAACUGAACCGAGAACUGCAGUUGCAAAUCCUCAUAAUUAAUCACUUCAUUCCGAAGAACUUCCAGAGCAUCAUUGAACGGAAUGUUCAAUGGAAUGAUGAGGUUGGUGAAUGGCAGCUGCACUGCAUCGCAUAUGCAGGGAAUAAUAUGAACAGGUCGAAGGAAAAUAAGGUGGAUUCGGCAGGUGAUGACAACUUCCUGAACGUUUACCUCAGCUACAAUACUGCUGAUGGAGAAAAAAGAAGAACUUUAUCUAAAAGGAAAAAGAAACGGGAACUAAUAAAACCCUCAUUUGAUCUUCAGUUGCCUGGUAGCUCUACAUACUCUAACAGCAAAAUGGCCACCCUCUUUAGCAAAUUUAUCGGCGUUUCAACUCAGGCAAGGGAUGCUAAGGGCAGCACUAAUUAUGCCCUCCUCUGUUAA